UGGCAGCAGAAUGGGAGGUCUAUUCUCCGUCUCUCAGCAAUGUCAACCUUACACGGACGCCACCGCCUUCCAGAUUGUCCACGAUUUAAUUACAACAAAUCGUGUUGUGAUCUUUUCCAAAACAACAUGCCCUUACUGUGAUAUUGUAAAGAGCAUAUUUACAGAACUGGGCAUUCCUUACAAAUCAAUAGAAUUAGAUCUCAGGAACGACGGUAUGCAUCUCCAGUAUAUUCUUACUGAAAUGACUGGUAUAAAAACAGUUCCAAAAGUGUUUAUAAAUGGGACGUGCAUAGGUGGUGGGGCGGACACAGUUUUACUCCAUUCCAGGGGGAGACUCGCGGAUCUGGUGAACGAGUGUGGACCAAACUCUGCGAUGGACGGAAUCUGUAUACUUCUUUAACACCAUUCCCUGUUCUGCAAAGCUUGUGGAAUAAACUAGCAAAUUACAAAAUCCGUCUACUAGCCGAGGUGGCAAGAUUUG